GGAGUUGUUGGAGAGGGAGCACGGAGGACGGUGGCGGUGAUCGCGGCGGCGGGGGUCGCGGCGUGGCUCCCCCGCUAUGGCCACGUCCCCGUGCAGCAGCAGCGGCGUCUCCUCGUCGUCCUCGUCGGGGCUAGGCGCGGACGCGGGGCUGGAGAUCCGCACGCGCUCGGUGGAGCAGACGCUGGUGCCGUUGGUGUCGCAGAUAACUACUCUUAUUAAUCAUAAGGAUAAGCCAAAGCGUUCAGACAAGACUCUGCAAGCAAUUCAACGAGUGGGCCAAGCAGUUAACCUGGCAGUUGGGAGAUUUGUUACAGUAGGUGAAGCUAUAGCCAAUGAAAAUCAUGAAUUGAAAGAGGAAAUGAGUAUUGCUUGCAUCGAGGCAAGGAGAGCAGGUGAAACCAUCGCACAGCUUACGGAUGUGGCAAGCCUGGAUCACCCAGAAUCUGAUAGUCACAUAACAAUCUUUACAGACAAAACGGGUGUGGUAAAAGCUGCAAGGCUGUUGCUGUCUUCUGUCACAAAGGUGCUGGUGUUAGCAGACAGAAUUGUUAUUAAGCAAAUUAUAACUUCCAGAAACAAGGUUCUUGCAACAAUGGAACAACUAGAAAAAGUCAGUAGUUUCCAGGAGUUUGUACAAAUAUUCAGCCAGUUUGGAAAUGAAAUGGUAGAGUUUGCCCAUUUAACUGGAGAUCGGCAAAAUGAUUUGAAGGAUGAGAAGAAAAAGGCUAGAAUGGCAGCAUCUAGGGCUGUUCUUGAGAAGUGCACCAUGAUGCUUCUAACUGCUUCGAAGACUUGUCUGAGGCAUCCAGACUGUGAAUCUGCUCGUAUAAACAAAGAUGGAGUUUUUCAUCGAAUGAGAUUAGCUUUGGAACAGGUAAUAGAAAUUGUAACUGACUCAAGACCAAAUGGAGAAAGUGAAAUGGCCCCUAUCAGCAUAUAUUCUGGUAUCAAAGAGUUCAAGAAUAAGGUGGAGGGUCUUCGUGAGAAUCUUUAUUUUCUCUCAAAAGAGAACCUUUCGACAAUGCUGGAAGUUAUCCUGGAACAUACGGAGGACUUCACAGACUCUGCCUAUACCAGUCAUGAGCACAGAGAACAUAUUUUGGAGCUGUCUAAGCAGGCUAAAAUGGAACUAGAGCAGCUGGUUUCAGUGUGGAUGCAAGCUCAAAACCAGAAGACAAAGGAUAUCAUGGAAGACUUGGAAGUAGCUAUUUUAAAAACAUGCCAGUGCAUGAAUGAACUUAAAAGAGAGGUUCACAGUGCAGCAACAUCUUUGGCAGCAGAUCUGCUAAAAUACCAUACGGAUCAUAUGGUUCUCAAAGCAUUAAAAAUCACAGGAGUAGAAGGAAAUCUUGAAGCUGUAGCAGAAUAUACUUGCAAGCUAUCAGAGCAAAAAGAACAACUUGUUGAGAUGUGUCGCUUACUGAGGCAUGUUUCUGGAACUGAGCCCCUCGAGAUUACCUGCAUACAUGCAGAAGAUACCUUUCAGGUCACUGGCCCACAGAUAAUUUCUGCUGCAGAAACACUGGCAUUGCAUCCAUCUAGCAAGAUUGCAAAAGAAAAUCUUGAGGUGUUCUGUGAGGCCUGGGAGUCUCAGCUGAGUGACAUGUCUAUGUUGUUAAGAGAAAUCAAUGAUGUGUUUGAAGGAAGAAGAGGAGAGAAGCGUGUCUACCUGUCACUGCCCAGACCAGGGAAGCAUAAUGCAAAUCUGAAAGCAUUAAAGCCAGUCAAACUCGAUACUGAGGAACAGGCAAAGAUUGCAAAACUUGGAUUAGAAUUGCAUUUGCUGACAUCUGAUGUGGAUUCUGAGACAGAGAAAUGGGAGGAUCAGGAGAAUGAGAUUGUGCAACAUGGACAAGGCAUGUCAAGUAUGGCCUACUCCAUGUAUUUAUUUACCAGAGGAGAAGGACUUCUGAAAACUACUCAAGAUUUAUUUCAUCAAGCAGAGAUUUUUGCUACAGAGGGUACAAAGCUUGCUUCAGCUCUUCAUGCCUUUUCUAAUCAGGUACAUGUUGAUGAUAAACCUUUGCUUCUGUUGGAGGCUGAAAAACUGAUCUCUAUGUGCAAGCAGCUCCAGAUAACAGCUAAAGCUUCUGUUCAGGGUAAAAGUGCUACAUUUACAAAGGUUGAUGCGUGCAUUCUGAAAACAAGGAAUGUGAUGACUUUGUUAUGCCAACUUCUUCCACUCUGCUGCAAAUUGCUGAGAAAGAAUAAAGCAGGAAAUGGCUGCCUUAAACCUGCUCCACCAUGGAGAGAAGACAGAAUACGGAUUGGUACAAAUUCACAUACACCAGAAAGGAGAGCUGAAACAUUUGGCAUCAAGUCUUUAGAAAACCAUGUAACAAGCAUGACAUUUUUAGAGAGCAAGUAAUUAGAGCACUCAGAAAUGCAGGAACUCCCAUCUGAAAAUAACACUUGGUGAAUUUUCAAUAUUGCUUUCAUUUGUGGAAAGUCAGAUCAGGUUAAUUUGAAUUAAAACUGUUGACCUUUGUCACAUCUAAUAGAUGUCCCUUUACUUGGCAAUUACAACAUCAACUGGUCUAAUUGCUAUGUAUUUUUGUAAUGUGAAUGCCUUUCCUAUGCUCACUAUUGAUACUGGUUUUGUAAUUAAUGCUUAUGAAUGUCUUAAUGGAUGUUUCAACCCAAAGAUGCUGCUAAUAGACAUUUUACAUAAAGAA